CAGUAUUUUACUCAGUACUUGUCAUUGAACACCGACAGACUUACUCAGCGCAGGAAAGAAAGUCCACGCAAUAAGAUCGACAUUACAAGGGCAUACAACCCUCUGUGGGAAACUGAGUAAAACAUUUCACCAGCACCAAAACACAGAAGCUUUGCUAGAUAGAGAGAGAUACAUAAAGUGAACACAACUGACUUAAACUGGAUGAAGGCGGUGUAAUGGAGGAAUAAGUGGAGAAGAGUGAAAAGAGAAGAACGAAAGAAUGAAGACAAGUGGAAAGCAAACACGUCUUUUCAACAGUUGUUGGUUAAAUUAAUACAUAACAAUCGGACGACAUGAUUGACAGGAGGCUGCUCCUGUUGGUGUCCCUCUGUUUUGUAGGAGGAGGUUGUGUCACUAAGAUUGUUCAGAGAAGGGGAGUGAGCUCAAUUCAUGCCCAGCAUACAGGAAAUGGAGCAACUGACCAAUGGGAUACAAGUCCGGAGAGGAAUGGCAAUACAAUGACAAGACUCAAAGAACUGAUUGGUCCUGAGGAAGUUGAAGAGCAGAUUACAGUUCACCAGAGCCAUGGAGCUUCUCCUGUCUUCACCAAGGAAAACUUUGUUGGGUUUAAUGCCAAACCUCCAGUACAAAUAAACGAAGACUCCGAUCAAGCAGAUUUAAAGGUACAAGCACCAAUCGAUGACACUAGAGACAUUUUAGAGUUUAAAAGAAGUAGAAAUAACACAAAGAAAGGUGGAAGAGUUGACAAAUGGAUCCCGAUGCACCACAGGACAACUUCUGGCAUACACUUCAACAGAACCAGAUUCAAAAUCCCUUCAAGAUCCAGAGCAAGUUCAAAUUCUGCUGUUCACACAACAGCGGGUACAAAAGCAGUCACUCCAGAUUCGCCUCGGAAAUUGAACCUGACUGGAAGCUUAUUAAAACUGAUAUCUAAAGAGAACCUUGUACGGAUUGUGAAUUCCCAGCUUCAGAGUGUCUCAGGUCUAAAUAUUCCAGUUAAAAUGAGUCACAGUAGGAAAAGGGAUUUGAUCAACAUGGAUCACAGUCAGGUGGAGGCAUUUAAAAUGAAAAAACAAGACAGGAUAGGCACUCCUGAACUUUAUAACUCGGACAACCAGACUGCGGAGCUACAUUCAAGUACUUCUACAAAUACCAGUUUAAAUUCAGAUCAGAAGGUUCACACUGUCUUUAAACAAUUUAGCGGAUUCAAUAUGGAUCUAGGCGAGGGGGACAGAAAAAUGGAGGUGAGAGGUGCACCGGGCUCUGCUUCAUGGAAGUACAAACACUUUACUACUCACUUAGCAUCAACUCCCCAAAGUGAGAUCAUGCCCGUCACGGAGACGAAUCCCUUGGCUGGUCAGAGCGAUAUGGACAUAUCACACUCUCCAUCUCAGAUUGGCUCGGGACAUCGGCCUGAUGCUUUCAGCUCACUGACUGAGAGGAGUCUUGACAUUAAAGAGGAAUCAGAUCAGAGUGUUCGUAUGCCAUUCGGUGUCACUCAGAAUCCAUUGAUUAAAAUUUCAGAACCCAUUGACAGCAGUCACAUCCUAAAACUCCCACCAGAUCCACAAUGGGGAGGGAAGGAGGUGGAUAUGAGGGGAGACUCUCGCCCUGGCAGAGAUGGACAAGGCCUUGUUUUCCAGGAAAUGGAUGAGGAUGAAGAUGAGGAGCGGAAUCAACAAAAAGGGGAAAUCUCUCGAUCCAGAAGACGACGAAGCUGGAUCUGGAACCAGUUCUUUGUCAUUGAGGAGUAUGCUGGUCCAGAACCAGUGCUCAUUGGAAGGCUUCACACUGACAUGGACAGAGGUGAUGGACGCACUAAGUACGUGCUGCGGGGUGAGGGGGCGGGGUCAGUGUUUGUGAUUGACGAGAAGACGGGCAACAUCCACGUAACCAAGCCCUUGGAUCGGGAGGAGAAGGAUGAAUACCGGCUGAUUGCCACAGCAACAGACAGUCAGACAGAGCGUGCCCUGGAGCCCUCCUCCCAGUUCAUCAUUAGAGUGCAGGAUAUCAACGACAACCCACCUGUCUUCGAGGAAGGACCCUACAGCGCCACAGUACCCGAGAUGGCAAACAUAGGGACCUCCAUCAUCCAGGUGACGGCUUCAGACGCAGACGAUCCCACAUAUGGGAACAGCGCGCGGCUGGUGUACACGCUGGUUCAGGGGCAGCCGCACUUCUCCGUGGAUGCUCAGACAGGCAUCCUGCGUACUGCAGUUCCAGAUCUAGAUAGAGAAGUGCAGGAUCAGUAUCUAGUGGUCCUGCUAGCUAAAGACAUGGGUGGCCAUCUUGGCGGUUUGUCAGGAACGACAACAGUUACCGUACGACUGACGGAUGUCAAUGACAAUCCUCCUCACUUCGUACAAAGUUCCUGGCUAUUCUCUGUGUCAGAGUUGGCGCUGCCAGGGGCAGAGGUGGGUCGGAUCUCAGCAACAGAUGCCGACUUGGGAGACAAUGCCAAGCUAGAGUACACCAUCCUGGACGGAGAGUCAGGGGACACCUUUAACAUCACUGGAGCCAACCAAGAGGCCGUGAUCAUUCUGAACAAGGCAGUGGACUAUGAGAGCCGUAGCUCCUACUCUUUCUCAAUGGAGGUUCUGAACCCCAUCGUGGACCCUCGGUUCCUUCGGCGUGGGCCUUUUAAAGAUCGUGCUUCGAUCAGAGUGGCCGUGCUGGAUGCAGAUGAACCCCCUCGUUUCUCACGGACACGUUACAGAAUGGAUGUGUCUGAGAACUGCCCCCCGGCCUGCACAGUGGGACGGGUCAGUGCCGUGGACCCAGAUACGGGGCUCACAAACAACAUCAGGUUCUCCAUCGAUCCUCAGUCUGACCCAGAAGCUCUGUUCCGCAUCACUCCAGACACCGGACUCAUCACUACGGUGACCGAGCUGGACCGUGAGCACGAGCAGUGGCACAAUAUCACCAUCAUUGCCACACAGAGAGAUAACCCCAGCCAGGUGUCUAGGGUGGUGGUUGCCGUAGAAACAUUGGAUUUAAAUGACAAUGCACCCGAGUUGGACAGGCAGUACACCACGGCCAUGUGUGACUCGGCCUCCAAGGGACAGGUGGUGCAGGUGUUGCGGGCGAUUGAUAGAGACGAGGGAGGAAAUGACAGCACCGUCCAUUUCAACAUCCCUCCGGACUCCAACAUUGCCCUCAACUUCAGCAUCAGGGAGAGUGGAGGCCACACUGCUAGUUUGGUGUUGGCGUCACCUUUGCAGACACUGUCUCGCUUUGCUUCAUCCUCCCUCACUCUCUACGUACCGCUGGUCCUGAGGGACGGGGUCUCUGGCUUGACCAGCACGGGGACAGUCACAGUGUCCGUAUGUCCCUGUCUGAGGGGAGGAGCCCGGGCCGGAGAGAAAGAGAAGCAAAGUGAGGCAGAGUGGGACAGAGAGACGGUUUGUUUGCCCCAGCACUCCUCUUUGCCCUCCCCUGGACUCAGCACUGCCGCCCUGCUGGCCAUUUUAGCCUGUGUGGCCACUCUUUUGGCUGUCAGUGCUUUGUCUCUGUCCCUGCGCAGGCAGAAAAGGGACGCGCUCUCGCCUUUAGAGGAGGAUGAUGUAAGAGAGAAUAUCAUCACGUAUGAUGAUGAAGGAGGGGGUGAGGCUGACACAGCUGCGUUUGACAUCACAGCGUUGCAGAGCGCCCCACAUAACGCACGCAGGGGUUACCGCACCCUGGACAGCAGGAACAUACGUUAUUCACAACAUGGUCAGGACAAGUCUCGGAUGUAUAGCAGCUGGGCUCAGGCUGGAGCGAUGGACCCCGGGCAACGUUAUUCACAACAUGGUCAGGACAAGUCUCGGACGUAUAGCAGCUGGGCUCAGGCUGGAGCGAUGGACCCCGGGCAGUACGCCAGUCAAGGAGCCCCUCUAUAUGGGCGGUUUUGCUACAGCACCCACACCCUCCCAGUGCUGCGUCGCUCACAGGGCCCCUAUGAGCCUGGCAUAUCUGAGUUGGCGUACCGCUUACCUGGGAAUCAACCAGACCAUUCUCUAGUCAUUCAAAACCAGGCAGCUGUGGUUGGACCUCUGGAGCCCGGGGCUAUUUAUGUGCCAACAGCAGAAGCCAGUCAUGGUUCUAAAGAAGGGACAGCAUCUCAGGAUGGAGCCACCACAUUUGAGGGAGGAACGCCAAGGAAGAAUGACUCAAAGGACGAUGCAAGCAGUGAUGCCCAGCAGAGUCAGAGUCAAAGCCAAGAUCUGGAUUGGAAGAAUAAACUCAUCCUUACCUCCCGCUCUAACCCUACUGCUCCUCCCCGUCCCCGACAGGUCCAGCCAGACAUGGCUCCCCGUGAACGAGAGCUGGUGUUGACCCGUUCUGGCUCAGUAGCUGGGCCAGGCCCCACCAGCAGUUGGGUGUGUGACUCCGCCACGCUGCCCCGAGCUGGGCGGCACUCCUCGCGGAGCAGUCUUUCCCGAAGUAGGAGCGGCGCUGGACCUGCCGAGUCCAACCAUCCUGGGGUGGCAGACGCUCCCAACGGAAGCACAGAAAUGCAGUCGGUCUGCAGCAAUUACGCCACCAUCCUGCAGGGGGAGCAGCAGAGGGACUACUCGGGGACUCUGGGACGGGGCGGGCUGGAGAUGGGCAGCGGAUUUGUGGUGGGACGGCCCGAGAGAGAGGCCAGCAUUCCACUGAGUGCUGGGAUAUAUCCGGAAGGUGGCGGGUUCAUGGGAGACUGGCACGAACGGGUGGGGAUAACCGGGUACCCGCUGGGCAGGAGGGAUAUGACGCCCCAGCUGCUUCCAUACCCCAGCCAGGGCCGGGGAGCUUUUGGGGGCAUCCUGGGUUAUGGUGGAGCAUGGCCCUCAGCACCUGAGGAGUCCGGAAGAGGGGCGCCCAUUGGAGGUGCUCACUCUCUCGCCCUAAGGGUUGGCGAGUUCCUGCGUCUGCGCCUUGCGCAGGUGACCUUUGACCCCUCGCAGCCACCGUACGACUCGGUGCAGGUGUACGGGCUGGAAGGCACAGGCUCACGCGCCGGGUCCCUCAGCUCCCUGGACAGUGAGGGAGGCAAAGACGCCGAGAAGGAGGUGUGGGGAUCAGGUCUGGAGGAUUGGGGCCCACAAUUCCAGAAAUUAGCCCAGCUUUUUAGGGAAAGGGAGAAGGAGAACGGAGAAGAUAAAGAAGGAGAUGUAGAAGCCGGCAAAAAGCACAAAGAUAUCGAAUGGGAAGAGAAGGGUGAGCAGUCUGGAGACGAGGAGCAGGCGAAUGUCUGAGAGAGCGAGAAGGAGAGGGGUUGGGUGGGACAGUGAUUAAAAGGCAACAAGAGCUGGAAUAAUGAAAAGUGAAGGGUAAGGAGGGAGAGACAAAGAGGAAAGGUAAUAAGGGAAGACAGGGAAAAAUGAACAGAGAGAGCAAAGGCAGUGGAGAGAGUGAUUGAUGCAAUUUGAAGCAAUAAGUGCUGAAAAGCUGAUGUGUGAGCACAGAGCGGUGCUUCUUUAGCCAGCAUUUAACAUUCCUUAAGUGUGUUUGGCAGUAAGCGAAAAGCAAAGUUCACUGUAUUCCAGAUCACAUUUAAUUACGAUAGAGAAAGAACAAGAUUUCAACUCGAAUUUUUGUGGCAGCGUGAAAGACAACGGCACCACGGGGGAAUGAGAAACACAAGGCCGGAAUAACACAGAUAAAAAGGUAUGGCAACACACGAGGAAAUAGAAAAAUUAAUAUUUGUACAGAAAUUGCUUAUACAGCCACAAAAGCAAGAGAUCUGAAUUAUUCACAAGAAAGCACUGAAUAUUACAGUAAAGUCCUGAAUAAGUGUCUGCACAAAGGUUCUCGGUGUUUACACAUACACACAGAUGAAAACAAACACGCAUCAAUUUUAAACCCUGCUUGGAAAUUCUGCUUUGCGGAUGUCUCAUUGUCAGGGUUCAAAAUGACACAUUUUUGCCAAGAACAGAUUGUAUAUGAAGUUGCUCAAGAAAAAAAAAAAAAAAGAUGACAAAAUUAAAAUGUAGUGAUGCUAAAAUUGUGCAAAACAUAUGCACAAACAACAAUUACUUGUCAAAAAAAAAAAAUCCCACAUUUAAAAAGUGAAGAUUUAUGAGAGCUGACAGGUCUGCUUCAGCUAGAAUGCACUUUUAUACAUGAUGUUCGCAAAUAAAUUACAAAUGUUGUUGUUGUUGUUUUUUUUA